AUGUCAAACAACUCGGUCAUUCCUGGUUCUGAAACCUGCAGAGAGGGCAUUCAUAUUGAGUUGGACAUGCAGUCCGUAAUUGCUUUGCCAAACGGUGACUCGUUGGUCUCACCAGAGGAAGUUUUAUUGCCGUAUAAACAACCACGAUGGCCCGAGAUAAAGCGUGCUCUUUUAUCACUGGCCCAGCGACGGACAACUCCAAUAGGACUUGUUUCCCAAUUAGAUUUUAUCGAGAAUUUGGUGUGCUUGGGGCGUUCGACGAGUCGCCUGUUUGACGUUUUACCUGCCCGCAUGACGUUCAUCGGUUUGGGCAAUUUUCUCCAUUUCUGUCUGACUCCGGUUGAGCGAAAUUAUUUCGAGAACACCAUGUUACCGUUUAUAGUCCAUUGUGCAAUAAAUUUAGAAAGCUUUACGAAAAAACCACUCCUAUACAGCGUUGGACAACAAGAUUACGACGAGUCAAUUCCGUAUCCUGUGGUGACGUCGCUUAUUGCUUGUUCUUUCUUAUGCUUGCUUCCGACCCAUCCACAAUUGAACUUCCUAUUUAACGAGAUUAAUUUUACCUAUUUCUUUGGGUCUUUGUCGGACCAAGAAUUUCAUCAGAAACAGAAGUUAAUGUCUCUCAUCUCGUUCUUCGAACAUUGUCGAUCAAGCCCGGAGCAUGACAGAUCUAUUCGAAUCGCUCGCCGGACAUUGAAUAUUGAGAUUCCGCCCGCAGUAUGUUUAGAUGAGCCUGGCACUAAGGAGAGUAGCUAUUUGUCUGGAGCAUUGGGCGAAAAAUUGACACAUGCACUUCGCAACGUACCAUUACCGUGUAUGUUCGUAGAUCAGCACUGCACAACUGAGGAGGUGGCGGACAAACUACAUCUCUCUCUGGUUCAUUUCGUUAAUGCGUAUGUUGGCGGUAACGUCCUCCGUUCCGGUGGGUUGCAAGAGGACUCUUUGUUUAUGCGCUAUCCGGAUCUCCUAGCUGCUCUACCGCUGUGCCAUCGACUGGAGGAGUUUGAAGCGCUUUGGAUCGAUCACUAUAGGGGACCUUUUCUUCCCAGGUGCCUGGGCACUAAUCCUUGCGAGGAUUUUCCUGAGGACCUGACAAAAUGGAGGCGCUUUGUGCUAAUGAACAGCAGCUGUUUUCCAAACUGGGCCUCGGAACUGCAAUACUCUGAUGCUUGUCUGAUUAGCGAGGUUGUAAAGGCCACUGCCGCUCUCUAUGGCGUCAGUAAUUCGGUAGCAGUGAAACGUCAUUCGAUGGUACCCUUCUCCUUUCUCUGGUGGCAGUUUCUGAUGAACUCAGGGAACUCGGAUAUACACCACACGGGAUGCCACGAACCGGCAAACGACCGGAGAACUCGGUUCGAAUUGACUAUGCGGGCACAAAGGAUGAUAGAUUUGGCAAGCCAACGAGCUUAUAAUAUUUUGUACGAUGCGCUACAUCAUGCGAGCGUUCUACAGUCCGCCACCAGACACCAACCAUCUUCAGUCGGAUGUUCAAAUCCACCAAGUGAUAUGCCCUUGUAUGUGCAACACACGAGUCCCAACUCUGUUGAUCUGGCCAUAGUUCACAGUCUUACUGGCGGCAAUAGGACCUGGACGAAGUCUUCACCCCUUGGUCCUUCACUGCCUUCUCCAUUAUAUCAAAGUUCACUGAGACAUAGUAUUAGCAACUGUAUUGGAAGUUCAUCAAUUACCACCAGUUAUCCACAAUCCUCGAUUCGCUCUAGUUUUAGUCGUGGUCACAGUCCGAGCACACAGUCGAGUCUCCGUCGGCUUAGUGACCUGUCAUCCAGUGGAGGCAGCAGAUUGUUCCAUCCACGAGCAACUGAUCGAAUUCCAAGUUCGGAGCUUCUUGGCUUAGUUGAAAAUGAUUUCGGGGUAACCGCUACGUUGUUGAGUAAUGUGGCUGGCGGCGACGAAAUGAUAGAGUCCACAUCGCGUACGCUGCCUGCAACGGAAGGCAAUGCUUGUACCUGUAACAAAGCGUACUCUUCGACAUCUCCAUCCGAACCUGUAGAACUGAACAGUCCCUGCGUACAAUCCGCUGAAAGAUCACCGACUGUUUCGGAAGGAUAUCGUGCGCUAAAUAGUUUGGUGAACUGCUGCAUCGACAAAGCUUUCUGUGAGGCAUACCCCAUGGCACAAAGCCGGCUUAGUCAAUUGCGUCAAUAUGCUGAUGAUUUCAUUUCGAACACAAUUCGUACUGCAGUCCAAGGUAUAUCUUGGCUGGAUCGAUUCACACAGCAUAUCUUACAAGACGCUCAGCUCAACCAAUCGCGACACGAGCCGCUGUCGUCCGAGACCACAAACCGAGGUCGUCGACGCUUCAUUGCACAUCCUUAUUCUCAAGGCGGUGGAAGAUACCGGCAGUCGGCAUCUAAUAGACGGCUUGCAUAUUCAUCCAAAUGUGAUGAUACCUCAAGCAGCAGCUCAUCUCAACAGUUUAUCGGGCGAAGAACGCGAGCUCUCGCGUAUCAUGCUGACGCUUUUCCUAAAAUAAAAUGCUUUCAGUACGAAAGGCGUUCUCGCCGUCGCGAAAGUUUUGGUCUUCCAAAUGACAUCCAUAAAAGGCAGAAAUCAGCAUUCUGUUGGGCACCCCGAACAACGGCAAAUCCUACACCUUGGAGCUGUAAACAAGAGUUUCUCUCGCACCUCAAAUUUCCAACGUCUACUUCCAAACAGCUAAGUUCUGGUUCACUCCCAAAUCGAAUUCGGUUGGAUCCUUCCCAUGUUUACAACCCGGAUAAUCACUGCGUCUACGUUACAAACCGCUUGUACCGUUAUGCAGAGAGUGUUGCCACGUCUUGUUGUGUUCAAGCCCUGCAUGAGCUUCACUUCCGCUUUGUCUCGAGGAAAACUUCACUUCCCAUCUCAGACAUCCGUCCACCGGGUGUGAUUACCACCGGUUGGGGUAAGCACACCAUCAAUCCAGGUGCAGACCCUCAAGUAAAAGUAAUGACCCAGUGGAUCGCGGCGGCCGUAGCCUUAUCUGGAACGCAGCCUCUUUCUCCAUUCUCAGAGGAAGUCCAUCAGGGGGUCACUACGUGUAGCGCAUCUGCGAUUCAUACCACACAGCGUCAUAAUAACGACUCGACAGACACCCUGGGUUGUGCGCCCGGGGAUCAGCUACAUUCAGCGGAAGUUGGUUCGUUUCCCAUGGUGGUCUGUACCAAUAACGAUCCAAAGCUCAGUCAGUUGGGAUCUAUCGUUCGACUGAUCUAUUCCACAAAUUGCUCUGCUGGUAGGCUCUUUGCACUGUUACUGGACUAUGGAACCUAUCGCCUUGGACCGAACGAACCCGACUGUCAAGGGGAAUAUACCCGGAAUCAGUCUGCCGCAAGUACUGUAGUGCAACCUCAUUUGUCCUUCUUUGAGUUUUUGACCAAUCGCUUAAAAUCUGAACUUCCUGGCUGACCCCUUCAUAUACAAUUCCGGCUGUUGCUGUGUACAGUUUACCCCUUUUCUUUCCUUUUUUCCCUUUCUUUAUCAAGAUCCUCACUUGAUUAUCCGUUUCUUCACUUUCCUACACAAAGUUUACUUUUUUAAUCUCUUUCAUGACGCUCAUUCCCCCACGAAAAU